AUGGCAAGCGGACACAAGCAGCCUACGAGAGAUAAGACUGCUGCUAUCGACAGACCUUGUUCCGGCAUCAAAGUCAACUUGGGGAGAGGAAUCUCCCUUGACCCAGAGCCCGGCAACGACAACGACAACCGAGACACCAACGCCUCCUCGGCCCCGUCCACUUUGUCAGCUACCUCCGGCUCGUCGGCGUCUCCUACUAUCACGUUUGCAACCACAGCUACCCGCGGACAGAAGCGGAAAUAG